UCUCCGAGCUGCUACUCUGUUUUGCUGGCCACUCCCUCGUCGAAGAUGGAGUGGACGCGCGGGAAAUGCAUCGGCAAGGGCGCGUUCGGCACCGUGCACCUGGCCGUCGAUAGGGCCACGGGCCGCGCCUUCGCGGUCAAGUCGGUGGACACCAAGGGCGGCGCGCCGGCCGCGGCGAUGGCGUGCCUGGAGAGUGAGAUAAGGAUCCUCAAGCGCCUGAGCUCUCCGUACGUCGUUGCCUACCUGGGCGACGACGCCACAGCCGCUUCCAGGAACCUGCACAUGGAGCUGGUCCCGGGCGGCACCGCUGCCGACGCGGCGGCGGCGGGUGGCAUCGGCGAGCGCGCGGUGCGGCGCGUCCUGCGCCCGGUGGUUGCCGCGCUGCACUACCUGCACGACGUCGCCGGGGUGGUGCACGGGGACGUGAAGGGCCGGAACGUGCUCCUCGGCGGCGACGACUGCGAUGGCGCGAAGCUCGCGGAUUUCGGCGCGGCGAGGCUCGUGUCCGAGGCUGCGCCACGGGGCCCGCGUGGGACCCCGGCGUGGAUGGCGCCGGAGGUGGCCCGCGGCGGCGCGCCGACGCCGGCGUCCGACGUCUGGUCGCUGGGCUGCACGGCGGUGGAGCUGCUCGCGGGGAAGCGGCCGUGGUCGGAGCUCGGCGGCGCGCUCGAGGUCGGCGAGCUGCUGCUCCGCGUCGGGUUCGGCGGGAAGCGGCCCGAGCUCCCCUCGUGCCUGUCAGACCCCUGCCGAGACUUCCUCGACCGGUGCCUCCGCCGCAACGCCGGCGAGCGGUGGACCUGCGAGCAGCUGCUGCGCCACCCGUUCCUCGCCGUGGACGCCCACGACGACGACGAGCCGGAGCCGUCUCCCCGGGCGGUACUGGACUGGCCUGCGGACUCCGACGCAUCCUCCGGCUGCUCGGAGGACAUGGAGGAGGAGCACGAGGUGAUGGCGCGCGCAAAGGGGAGGAUUGCAGAAUUGGCAUCAGACAGGACGCGCACAAGCUGGGCGCGCGAGUUGGAUGAAUGCCCCACCUGGGCUUCCGACGCCUGGGCCCCACUGCCCAGUAUCGAGAUGUCAACCAAUGUACCAUCGCCAUCCGACGCUGCCACAGUCGCCGAUGCAGGAAAUGGCGGCGCCCGUGGACCCGCCGUUAGCGGCGGCAGCAGUGACGCUACGGAAACUGAAGCGCAGGUGUAG